AUGACUCGGAGUGAGGACACCAGCCCUACCGAUUUGGCGCAGCAGUACAUGGCAAAUGCAACCAGCCAGAGUGUAGAGUUGCAGGACUAUGGCAUGCCAUCUCAUCUUAUGGAGCAGAGCGGCACAGGCUCGGGCUCACGGGCUGUAACGUCGGUGCAGCAGUCCCCUGAGCCGUCUCAGGAGGAUCUUCAGGGCCACUACAUCGGUCCGGCCUCGGGCGUGUCAUUCCUUCUCAGGGUUCAGAGGCGAAUGCAUCAAGCGAUCUCGUUCUCCGGGCCAGGAAGUAUCUUCACUUUUGGUGAUGCCCCUCUUCAAAACCCUGACUAUGAUCCAAACUUUUGCAUGAUGCUUCCCAAAGAGGAUGCCCAGCGCUUGGUGGAUCGUUACUUCGACUUUGCCAUGCCAACAUACCGUUUUCUUCACCGACCCACGAUUCAAGAAUGGUUCUCAGAGUUCUAUGAGACGUUGGGGACUAUGCGUGACCCAAAUAAUUCCGCUGCAAAAGUGGCUUUACUCUUCAUGAUCUUAGCCCAUGCUAGAGUAUACAUGCCUGAGAACGACAGACCAGGACCAUCAGACCUCAGCUCAAGGUAUUACUUGGCAGCUGAGCAUCAACUCUCGAAAGAGAGUGGCUCAAUACGACUCACCAGCGUCCAGGCUCGUCUUCUGCAGUGUUACUACCUUGGAACCCAGUCCCGGGUCAACCACUGCUGGAGUCAAUUUGGCAUCGUCACAAACCUAGCUCUUGCUAUCGGAUUGAAUCGAAACAAGAGACCUGGCGUCAUAAGCGGGCUGAACCAUAUUGAAGUCGAAAGUCGGCGAAGAACCUUUUGGUGCGCCUACACUCUUGAUGCAUAUCUUAGUGUAUCUUUAGGUAGACCACGCAACUUUCACGAUGACGAUAUCGACACUGAACUUCCAGCUUGUGUUGACGAUAGUGACAUAACUAAGGAUCACAUAAACCUUGCUGGGUCAACGAAAGGCUACUCGGUUAUGCUUGCUCCACUUGGGCAUAUGAAGCUUGCUCGGAUCAUAGGCCAGAUCCUGCGUGGUCUUUAUUCAGUGAAGCCAAUUUCGAUCUCCAAACGCUUAGAGGAAACCCAACUCGUUUCAAAGGCCCUCGCAGAUUGGCGAGCUGAGUUCUCUCAGUUUCUCGAUGCCGACUACUUCAGUACAUCGUUUCUCGUUCCAAUCGUUCAACGGCAACGAAAUGUCCUGAAUCUAACUUAUUGGCAUGCUAUAAUACUCACGCAUAGACAAGCUGUUCUCAACAAUUUUGCAAGGAUAUCACGUCAGAAUAGAAGAGGCAGUGAGAACGAUGCUGCAACUCAAGAGAGUGUGCAAAGAUGCCUCGAAGCUGCCAUCCAAACAGUCGGUCUGAUCGAUGAGAUGACCGACAACGGACAAAUGUUCAGAGCAUUCUGGAAAUGGGCGUCACCUCCUGAGACUUACAGCGAAUACUUUACAGCUGCAGCUCGAUGCCAAUCACACAUGUCAACCAUGGUUGAGAAAGGCUCCUUGUCAGAACGAUACUGUUUCCUGUUGGAGGAAUUACGGGUUGAGGCCUUACGCCAAGUGAAUCGGAUGCAUCCAAACGUAUUCCUGGAUGGACAUGCACAAGACAACGCUUUCCAGUCCAAUGUCAUACCGAUGGAUACGCCGAGCGACAAGACUUCUUAUACAGACUUAAUGGGCGAGAACGGCGGGUUGGACUUUAAUGGCAUGUCUGGAGUCGAUUUCUCGGGCUGGGGCCAAUUUGCAAAUAUGGUCUCUUCAGGCUUGGGUAACCUGGAUGCCUUCCUCGAUGAUGAAGUCUUUCGGCUUUAG